UCACCUCAGUGUCUUGCUGAGAAGCCACGUUGUGCCCCUCAAACGUUGCCUGUGACGCAGCGCAAACAAAGAAGCUCCAGACUUUGUCAAUAACCCGCAGCUUCAUUUCUAUACAUGAGCAAUGUCAACCACAGAGCUAAUUCAGCAACUAUCACAACUUACUGAGGCUCUGAAAGAGGUGAACGCACUUAUUACCCGCCUGUCGAACCUCGAGUUCCAGCCGGGCAGCGAGCCUCUCGAAUCCGAGGACAGCGUGCGGGUUGAGCUUGCGCAGGACAUCCACGACAGCCUCAAGCAGAUCGACGACGACCUCGAGCUGUUAAAGCAGGACGCUAAAGACCUUACUGCCACCUCCGACUCACACCGACGAAGUGAUAGCGAGAAGGAGCGGGAGAAGGCUCGCCUAAGUGCACAGGUUGCCCGCUUGGCACAGGACGCUAAGCAAGCCAGGUCUACCUUCAGACGGGCACAACUCAUCGCGAAGAGGGCAAGCGAGGCGGCGAAGCAGAAGGAGAGAGAGCUCGUCUUUGCGAGUCUGCAGUCGGCGCCUGACAGUGAUUCUGCGAAGGGUGACAGCGGGCGUGAGACGCCAGAUCUGUUUGCGGGCAGGAAGCGAGCGCAGCAGAAGCAAUUGAACAAGGACGAGCAGCUCAUCAGCGCCUCGAGCGACGUUACUGCUGCAUUGAGACGGACGCAUAACUUGCUGUCGACUGAGCUUUCGCGGUCACGAUUCGCACAGGAGACGUUCGAUCAGUCCAGCGCUGCACUUGCGGAGCUUGGCGAGCAUUACAGUAAUCUUGACACGAUCUUAUCGACCAGCCGUAAUCUAUUGGGCACCUUACUGCGGAGCCAGAAGAGUGAUACGUGGUACCUCGAGACCGCUUUCUACAUCCUCAUCACAACUCUUGUCUGGCUGAUCUUCAGACGUCUACUGUUCGGCCCAUUCAUAAGACUGCCGCUCUUCCUGUGGAGAUCAAGUUCAUUCUUACUGCGCUGGAUGGUACUGAAACCUCUGUGGCUGUUUUUGACUUUCACUGGUAUAAUCACCACCGAGCCUAUCUCAGCUGCGGCGCGCAGUGCGGCGAUCAGUCAAAGUACAACGUCACGACCGCCGCUCAUCGUGCAGAACAGUGCUACAGGUGGUAUCCCGACUUUCGCCAUGUCUGACCGCGAGAGGAUGCAGCAGGGAGGUGGCGUGCCUGCUGGAGCAGGUGGCGCAGGAGCAAAGGUUGGCCAGGAUUCGGCACUGCAGGGUCACGUGAGCGAGCAGAUCGCUCAGAUGCAUCAGCAGUCUCAGGAUGAAACGCAGCAGCAGGCUUCAGAUGGAAAGGACUUGCCAAAGAGAGGAGAUGGCACCGUACUACAAGAACGCGGCGACAUCCCACGCAACCCGAAAAAGAAGAUGUUCGAAGCCGAUGUGGAAGACGCCAAGCAAGCGCAGCGAGAGCGAGACGAACUGUAAUUCAUACUCUCCGCUAUAGCACAUCAAGCAUUGAAGUAACCGCACUUUCACUGCGGUGGCAGUGUACCAGCGCCAAAGACCAAAGGCACACCCUGCGUAAUCUGCCAGUUCUGGCACCCGUCC